CGACGUAUUAACGACGCCUUUUUGGCUUAUUUAUUGUCAAAUUGCUUAACAAUCGGGGCAGCAACAACAACAAUUGCAAUAGUAAUCAAAUAUUAAGUUAUCCCAUUGUGAGUGGGCGUUGCUCAGACGAUGCAAAACAGCUAAAAAAUUGUUACAAACCAAAGGGGCGAUUUUCCAUAAGUCACAAGCUAAUCAAAUUAGUGGGCAGCAACAACAAAACUGCAUACCAGCAAAAGCAGCAACAACAACAACAACUGCGUUACGCUUCACCUGCGACCGCACCUACGGGCGACGAAACAUGCAUUUAAAUGCUGAUAUUUCGAGUGCGCUCCAGCAAAUCGAUUCGGUGAAGAGGAGCAUUGAUGAGGCCGACGAUCCGAAGCUGCAGCUGCAGACGGCAGAGAGUUUGAAGACCAUUUUGGAUAUACUUCAGGAUCCGGUCUUUCGCACCAUUGUCCAUGUGCAGGAUUCGUUGUCGGAGCUGAAUGCCCAAUUGGUCCAACAUCCCUCCAUGCUGCCCAACGAUUUCGACAUCGAUGUUUCGGGAAAUUUGGUGCUUAGCCUUAAUGGCGGCGAUGUCAUUUACGACUUCGAUGAGAGACGCUCCUCGUCGGCAGCCAUGUCUCCGCACUCGGCACCUGGCAGUCCAGAUAACAAGUCCGCUAGCGAGGACCAGCCACGGCCCCAAAGUCAAAACUCCAAGACGGCAGCGGGGGCAGAUUUGUACGCCACGGACUAUGCUCAAAUACAGGCAAUAGAGCUGGUAAACGAUGGCACGGGUCUGGGAUUUGGCAUUAUUGGAGCACGCAGUUCUGGCGUCAUUGUGAAGACCAUUUUACCGGGAGGCGUGGCAGAUCGCGAUGGCCGUCUGCGCUCCGGGGAUCAUAUUUUACAAAUCGGUGAAGUCAAUCUACAUGAAAUGGUAUCGGAACAGGUGGCGGCUGUGCUGCGUCAGUCGGGCACACAUGUUCGUCUCGUCGUCGCCCGCCCAAUUGAGCAGUCCCUGCCCACACCCCAGUAUGGUCUUGAAGCGGGCAGUGCUGUGGUGCCCACACGGGUGCUUGUAGAUCCCGCCGAGCUAGAACGCUAUCUCAUAUCAACUGGUUAUCCAGAACUUUUUGGCGAGAGCUCAACGGCAUCGACGCCUCAAACUACAACGGAGGACGAACGUUUUGUAUAUCGUGGCGAGACCUCCAUGUUAAUUGAUCCCAGCAUUGAUCUGGAGGAGUUGCUGGCACUGCCCGAGACGGAGAAGCUGCAAGUGGAGCUGAAAAAAGAUGCAAAUGGCUUGGGCAUUACCAUUGCGGGCUAUGUGUGCGAGAAGGAGGAGUUGUCUGGCAUCUUUGUGAAAAGUGUGUCGCCCAAUUCGGCGGCGGACUUGAGUGGGCGCAUACGUGUGAAUGAUCGCAUUAUCGAGGUGGAUGGCCAAUCGCUGCAAGGUUACUCCAAUCACCAGGCCGUGGAGUUGCUCAAGAAAUCAGGGCAGGUGGUGAAUUUACGCUUGGAGCGCUAUUUACGCGGCCCCAAGUACGAGCAGCUGCAACAGGCCAUAGCCGCCAAUGACAAGUUGCCGUCCAGCAGUUCUCCAGGUACGCCUUCGCGCGCCCCUCUGCCCAUUCCAGUGGCCACAACGUCCACAUCAUCGAUUACAACAACACCGUCACGUAGUGCUGUAAGAGAGGAUGAAGAUCCAUUGGCUUUGCCAGCACCAGAGGCCUUUAUGUCCUCACCCCCAGCCACAAACACAACUCUCAAAAGCUUCGGCGCUGGAAAGCAAUUGGUAGCCGUUCGGGACUCCAUCGAUGGUACGCCCAAAAUCAUACCCACGGACGUGAUGCAAUUGGGUAGCAGUCAAUCCGAGGAGCAGGAGUCUGUGCACGCGAAAAACGCUGGACUCAUCACACGCCAUAAAUAUUACACCGAUCCAGAGUUGAGCGCUGAGAUGGAGGCAGACAUAAUACGCAAAUGGCAGAAGAUUGUGGGCUCGGAUGUUGAGGUUAUUGUGGCGCAAAUCAAAAAGUUUGCCGUUGGUGGUUUGGGCAUUUCACUGGAGGGCACUGUUGAUGUGGAGGGGGGACGUGAAGUGCGUCCGCAUCACUACAUACGCUCGAUACUGCCGGACGGCCCUGUUGGCGUCAAUGGCGUUCUACGCUCUGGGGAUGAGCUGCUCGAGGUGAAUGGCGAACGAUUGCUGGGCAUGAAUCAUCUGGAGGUUGUUGCUAUACUGAAGGAGUUGCCAUUGGAUGUGCGCAUGGUGUGUGGACGAAGUAAGAAUACAUCGCUGCUUCCCUUCUCCGAUGAUACACUUAAAAAGUUGAGCAACAACUUUGAGAAUCUGUUGCCUGCUACUGAUCGCUUAGUAAAGGCCAAAUCUGAUGGAAGUUUGGCCACUGCUGGUUCGGUCGCCGAUGCGGAUGCGGUGGCAGCGGCUGCCUCGUCGUUUAAUAAAUUAAAAUCUCGCUCAUUGGAGCCCCUCACUGGACUUGCCAUGUGGUCCUCAGAACCGCAAAUUAUCGAAUUGGUUAAAGGUGAUCGAGGUCUGGGUUUUUCCAUACUGGACUAUCAGGAUCCACUUGAUCCUAAUGAUACGCUCAUCGUUAUACGCUCUUUGGUGCCAGGCGGAGUUGCCCAACUGGAUGGACGCCUCAUUCCGGGCGACCGAUUACUUUUUGUCAAUUCCAUCAACUUGGAGAAUGCCUCCUUAGAUCAGGCCGUCCAGGCGUUGAAGGGCGCGCCUAAGGGUGUGGUCCGCAUAGGCGUGGCCAAACCCCUGCCGAUGACGGACAAUUCGCUAAAGGCAUGCAGCAAUGCAAGCACCACCAGCGAAGAGACGUUGGAGACACAGCAAUCCUCGCCAGCACCACAAUCAGCAUCGGCAUCGGCACCUACUGCAGCAAAGGGCGUGGAGCCCGAUUUAAUACCAGACUGGCGCAAAUAGAGGAAUUGACCAGAGUAUAUUUAUAUGAAAUAGAUAUAUAGUAUAUAUAGAUCGAGGAAUUGUUGCCGAAUCAAAAUGUUAUAGAUAUGUAGCACCGAAUUGUGUUGAUGUUGACUAGACCAGUUACUUUGGCUGGUCUUACCCGGGCACUGCCUGCCACAAAAGCAUUCCAUUUUGCAAUAUUUUUUGUCGUUUAGUAUUAGCGUGAAUUUUAAAAACUGUUUAUGUACUUAAAAACUAAAUAAAUUAUGCGAAUCGUUCACAA